AUGACCUUCCCCGUCCAAACCAGCCUGCCUGACCAGGGUUCAGAAGAGAGCUGGUAUGGCCUCGACCUCGAGCUUCGAACUCCCCCGCCUAUGGCGAGCAACGGUCGCAGCGUGAGCAAUGGAAUGAACGGGAGCAGCAACGGAUCGCACACUACGAAUGGUAUCAACGGAAAUGGCACGCGGAAGCGAACAUGGGAAGAGACGGCGGCACCGGUGCAGGGGUACAGUCUGGCAAAUUGGGAGGCCGAUUUGAAUCUGCUGGAAGAUUUCAACGUCUAUUCCACACGAGGCAUGGAGUUUGUGACACCAGACUUCUCCACGAAUAGCGAUGGAUCCCUAUCUCUAGGGGCGUCUGAGGACGUCGGUGAGGCUCCGAGGAUGAAGAUGGUUUCGGGAUGUAUCCCUUGCCUGUAGGUCAUCUUGCGAAGCGUCUACAGAGUCAACCUAACUUUUUGCAGCCAAAAAGGGUUGAAAUGUGACCCAAGCAAUCCGGGAUGUCAGAGGGUCAUGUCCGACGACUGGGCUGUGAAUGCAGGUAUGAAGCGUGGCGACGAUGAAGAUGGUGCCGUCUUUUAUCCCUCGCCCGAGUCGACUGCGCUUUCGGCAUAUCGACCGGACCUGAAAUGGAGAAGGAGUUGGCGAGAAAGGCAUUGUCUCAACUUCUUCGUCAACUUCAGCGCCCCGCAGAUGGCCGGCUUCUUCGACUCUGCCUUCUGGCAGCGCAUGGUCAUUCAGACCUCUUAUCACGAGCCGGCCAUUCGACAUGCAAUCACGGCGAUAGGAGCGUUGCAUGAGUGCAUCAUGCAGCGUGCUUUCGCAGACGACAAGCAAAAGGGGAAAGCGAUGGAGUUUGCAUUGAAUCAGUGCAACAAGGCCAUCUCUUGCCUCACCAACGACGACGCGGAUCACGACCCGAACAGACGACGUAUCCCGAGCUCGCGGCUGGCACUCACGACCUGCGUGCUCUUCACCUGCUUUGAGGCGAUGCAAGGCCGUUGCGACAGCGCGGUAAACCAUGCGUUGCAAGGCCGACGACUGUUGCAGGCUACUGGGCGGCCGAACAUCACGAGCAUGUCCCCACCCGAAGAGGACGACAUCGAACAGAUGCGACCGCUGGUCGAGCGCCUGGAGGUACAGGCCACUGCACUUCUCGACAAGGGGAGACGGCCGGAGAUCGACACCUCCGGACAGACACCUCCUCUACCGCCGAUCGAGUACAUUUACAGCCUGGAGCAUGCGCACAACACGCUUCAUACUGCCCUGAACAGCGUGAUGCGCUUCAUGCAGGGCUUCCAUCCGACCGCUUCUCCAGACCACGUCGCAGUAACAAUGAGGGAGAAAUAUCUGAGAUAUGCACCGUGGUUCACGCAAUGGGAGACUGCCUUCACCACCUUUCUCUCAGCUCAGCGUGAGCUCAUGUCUAACAUGGACUUGAAGCGUGCCAUGGUUCUGAAAGCGAACCACCUCGUCGGCACGAUGCUGGCCUCGGUCGACCAGUCUGCAGGCCCCGUCGCCUACGAUGCCUACGAGGCCGAAUUCAGAGCGAUUGUUGAUCUCGCCCGCGAGGUGCUGGCAUCCUUCUCGUGUCCGCCUCUCCCAACUCUCUCAGGUCCGAACUCAGGCACGCCGUAUCUCUCCUUCUCACUGUGGGUUACCGAUCCUCUGUGGAUGGCCAUCUCACGUUGCCGAAACCCCACCAUUCGCCAAUCUGCUUUCACUCUGCUAUCGAGAAACCCGCGCCAAGAAGGUAUCUGGCACGCCGGGCCUCAACUACCCAAUUCACAACAAUACAUGCGCAAGGUAGAAUCAGGUCCGACACAUACUGGGUCCAUGAACACUGUAAGAGGGGAAGGCCCGCCCAACUCCACCAACGGAAAUGGGCUAAAGUGUACCAGUCACGAAAUGGGGCCCGGUGAAGCACCCCAGCAUCCAACCCAACAGACAGCGAGACGCGAAUGGGUUGACCUUCGACAACAAAUCGGACAGUUCACCGAGGGUUAG